AGAUUGUAUAUUGAGAAGCCAGUACAAGUUUUGGUAUUUUACACAUUAAACGUAUUUAACGUUAGUAAAUAUCGUAAAUAAAUAAUUUCGUUUAUGUUCUAAUUUGUUUACCAAACUGGCGCAUCAAUUUUGGAUAUCUUACCAUCCUCCUACUGGGGCAAAACACACGUCCAGUGGUGAUGAAACGCCGCCUAUACCAGAAGAAGAACUCGAACAACAAAAGAUUGAACAUGAGAAACAAAUACAAAAGGAGAAGGAAUGCCAAGCUCGUGAAGCACAAGAGGUCGCACAGCUCGAUAAAGAGUUGCUCCACCAGCGAGCAAUAGAAGCAGAGGAGGAGCAAAAGAGAGAGAACGCUGAGGCGGUGGAAGAACUACGUGGUAUGAACACAUCCUGGUCUCAUCACAGGCUUUGUGAUUUGCAACGACAAGCGGCGAGAUGGAGGAACAGUCGUCCCUCUAUCCCAGAUACCACGAAACAUUAUAGGAACGUCCUGAAGAAGGCAUGCAGUGCCCAAUUCACAAAACCACAUUCCAGCCAGAGCAUAAGCGAGGAAGAUGGUAUUUUCAUUAACUUGUCACGUCUACAAUCUUGCCGAGAUGAGUCACUAGAUAGUGAUGGGUGCUGUGAGACCCCUGGUUGCAUCACUGCUGAAAGCAGGGCAUGGCGUGCUUCCGCCAACGACAUCAGCUCACGAACACGUAUGGACUUAGUCAGGGCGCCAUCUUGCCCGGGAUGUCGGGCCCCAAUCGCGUCCUUGGACUGCAUGGACGAUUUCAGUGCUAACUCGCAACAGAUGCUAGACCAAGCAGGUGAAGUGACGGUAACGCGGCAUAUGUCAAGUUAUUUAGGCAAUCACACAAUGCCUUCAAGUAUAACUCCUGGUCUGCGCUAUAAGAACCUGGGCAAGUCUGGCCUAAGGGUACCCAACAUUGGGCUAGGCAUGUGGACGAUGGUCAACGAAGAGUACGCCGAGGACAUUAUCAUGACAGCUCUAGAAAAUGGAAUAAACCUCUUUGAUUUAUCAGAGGCACACUGCGCUAAAGGUGAAGCUGAACUCGGCAGAAUCUUGAAGAAGAGAAACGUACGCAGAACCAGUAUUAUUAUAACAACGAAAAUAUAUUGGAGUACUAAGUUUACUCACGCCUAUAACAGGUCAGAUGAGCGAGGUUUAUCUCGAAAACACAUUGUUGAGAGUGUAAAAGCAUCCCUUUCGAGGCUCCAAGUGGAAUAUAUAGACGUCGUACUUUUACAUAAAGUCGAUCCGGUAUGCCCAAUGGAAGAAUUAGUUAGAGCCAUGAACUUUGUUAUAAAUCAAGGAUGGGUCAUGUACUGGGGCACAGCGCGCUGGUCGCCAUCGGAGAUAAUGGACGCCUACACAAACUGCAGACAAUUCAAUUGUAUAACUCCAAUAGUUGAACAAACCGAAUAUCACAUGUUCUGUAGAGAAAAACCUGAGUUAUACAUGCCAGAACUGUAUCAUAAGAUAGGUGUUGGCAUGAUGGCGUGGUCAGCCAUCACUACUGGCAAGGGUCUAGGACGCGAGGAAAUUACUGGGCUUUUUGCUAAGUCACGAUUCAACAGAAAAUAUAGUACGUUUAGCUGGUGCGAGGAAGAUCUUGCUGUACCUGAAAUGCGAAGUUCAGGGAGCAAGGAACAAGUGACAGGCGAAGAGCCACGCACCUACGGUGAUAAGCUCCGGGACCUUGCAAACCUCGCCGAAACACUCAACUGCUCAAUGAGCCAACUGGCUGUAGCAUGGUGUCUUAAGAACGAAUCAGUCAAUUGUCUUCUCCUAGGAGCUAGCAGUGUUGAGCAAUUCAAAGAAAAUAUACAUUCUUUACAGAUUGUGCCACAAUUAACACCAUCAGUCAUGAUAGAGAUUGAAAGAUUACUAUCGAACAAACCACAAAGGCCGCCUAUGGUUUCUACAUUAGCAAUGCGAAACCAACAAAACAAUAAUAUUACAGUUCGGGUCGACAUGACAGGUGCGACAACUUCGGGAACUGGUUCCCCGAAGCCUGAUGGUGAAAAUGCAGGUGAAGGUGAGGCGUCCACCCCCGAGAAAGACGGAGUAUCAACCGACGUGGUAGUAUCAGUGUCAUCGUUAAAAGGUAAGCAGCCCGCGAGCGGCGGUAGUAAGGUAAAGAAGUCCAAGUCAGAUCCAGCUCGUCCGCGCUCCUCGUCCUUGCAACGGUCGUCUUCUGGUCAACUGUCAGGCGCCCGUGAUAGACGCCGGUCGCGACUUGAACUAUCAUCACCUGCUGACUUGUAAAAUAAACAUGAUUGUUGGAACACACUCAACAGCUAAGAAGGGUAAACUAAAUUUGUAAAGUCGAGAUUACAUGUCGAAACUCAUUAGUAAAAUAAUUAUUGGUAUAACCUUAAGCUACAUAAAUCAAAGUUUAUAACAUACAUACAUGAAGUCAAUGUUAGGUCAGUCACGUUUUUCGUCACCCAGAAGUAUUUUAUAUACGUCUAUACAUAAAUAAUUACGACAAGGGUAGGUUUGCUAAACACGUAAAGUCCUAAGAGUUUUUCCAAACAAUAUAUUUGCGGACAUGUAUAAAUUUAUGAUUUGAAGGAACGCUCACACCAGAAUUUAAUCGACUUAAAAAAAGAGAACGUAAUGUUUUACAUUACUUUUGACAAAAGUGAGAAGAAUAUUUGCAAUUUAAGCACGGCUUAGUGUCGGCAUAUAUAAAAAUUAGGUGGCUGUCCAAAAAAUUGGAUGCCAUAAAAUUCUAAUUUCAAUAAAUUAAAAUAUUCUUUGAUCAAGUAAGCUUCUUCAUAACAAUUUGUUCGACAUUAUUUACUUUCCCUACCAAAAAUUACCGCAAUAAAAUUACAAUUAUGCUGAUUGUAACCUAUACUAAAAUGAAAUGGAAUAAACAUAUACCAUACAUAUGAUAAUCAUAUAAAUGUAAUGUAAUAUUCAAUAUUUCGUUUGUACGUGCUGCUAUUAAAGUCUACUAACAUCACCAGUGACUCUACCGUGUAACACAAUAUCUGAUUGAUAUGUCAAAAUGGCUUGCUGGUAAAUCUUCUAUCAGCAGAUUAAUCAGGGUUGGUCUAGGAUUAGACAGAUAUUGGUAGAGCCGCUGGUCUAUAUUAACAGAACAUCAUCAUGUAAUGAUAAUUUAAAAUCAGAGACUUCCUGCGGUGCUCUUCUGUUAUUAAACAGCCUUGAACUCGACGUCAAGCGCAGCGCAGUCAUUAUAGUAUGGAGGUACAAUAAAAUAAAACCUAUUUAAAAUGGUAAUAGGGUAGUAUUUAAUUGGCUGUAAACAUUUUAAUGUAUUAAUUAUAAAAUCGCUAUUAUAGUUAGUUCUUAAUAUUUAAGAAAAUACUUUCGAAAAAUAAAUUUUACAGCUAGCUUUAAAUAUAAUUCCAAGAAUUUUAAGAAAUAAACGAAUGUUCGACAUUUUGUCGUUAAAUAUAUAGAUUAUGUCUAUGUAGAUUAUGUCUCUUGUUAACUGGAUGACGAAAUCUGUGAUGGAGAAGAAUAAUUAGGAUUAUCGGAUAAUCCAAUUCGUUCAAUAGAUAAGAAAUUUGUUAAUAUAAGAAACUAGAAAACCAGUAG